AUGAAAGUCAUUAUCCGACCGACCCCGGGCCUCAUCGUUAGAAAACUACAGACCCACCAAGUGGCCAAGGCGAUCGUCCAAGCCACCGGAGGUGCGCCGACCUGCAAGGGGGACGACUUCAUCGUCCGCCUGCGACACGGCUCGAACAUCAUCAUCGUGAGCACACCUCACGAGGCCACGGCGGCCACCCUCAUAUGGAAGCCUGCCUCCACCACCACACCCAAAACCCAACGACAGCCCCGCCCGGUCACUCACUCGACCAAGGCGGCUGACCUUCGCCCGCGAUGGUUCAGCUCCGAGCGGGAAGGCUCCGACUUCGACUACUCGGAGUCUCCGAGCAUCUACGGAUCUCGGUCCGGUUCCAACCCGAGGUCCAGGUCCAGGUCCCGCUCCUGUUCUCGCCCACGGUCUCACUUUCGGUCGCCCAGACGGCGAUCUCGGUCGACGCCCAAGCAAGGACAGCAGGCAGCACCAGCCAUCGCGGUACUGAAAGACAAGGGGCCCCAGCAACACCACCGAAAGACCAAGGAAGCCUCAGUCAAGAGGAAUACCAGUAAAGAACACGAGGGAAGAAUUGGAAGACCUGCAGCACAAAUCCUAGCACGAAUACCUAAGGAGGACCCUGAGGACUUCACCACCCAAACCAUCAUCUGUGGCAUCAUCUGUGGCACCAUCAACAGUGGCAUCACGGGCAACCUGCAGGCCGACAGAGCAGCUCGAGGAUUCCAGCAGCAGCCACAGCAGCCACAGCAGCAGCAGCCACAGCAGCAGCAGCCACAGCAGCAGUGGGAAGGCCGAAGGAGAAGGCAAGGAAAGCCCCCCUGGCAGCCCUCAGCAGCCAGCGCUGCUGCGCCGUCCCCGAAGGAGGGCCCAUCGACCUCUGCGUUGGCGGCCUCCAAGGCCCUGCUUUUCGAGGCAAGGUCUAAGGUGAAAGCACCCCGCUCGUGUGAGUGGAAGUCCAGCGGCUCCCAAGAGUCGAUGGACACAACCCCGAGCCAGAAGGCGAAUCUAGUGCCUCGGGAGCGGCGCGAGUCUCACGACCGCUCCAAAAAAGACAAAACUCGUACCAUAACCACGGGGCCUGAAAAGGCUCCGUAA